AUGGCGCUUGAAAGUGCCAACAAAGUAAUGCUGUCCAAACUGAACCUACAAAUUGAACAACUGAAUUGUGAGCAGUUGAUGAGAUACAAAAAUGUAAAAAAUGUGAUCACGCUAAAAGAGAAGAAACAAGUCUUAUCAUAUUUAAAUAGCUACCUACUUCGUAACAACAAGGCCAAGUACUACAUUUUAAGUACUCUCAUGUUUCGCAUUGUCUCCAGGAUGAGUACCUACCAAGUGAAGGAGUUAAUAUAUGUCCUACACGCCUACAAGCAAAAUAACUUUUUGACCCCUUUCCUAAUGCUACACAUUAUGACCAAGUUGAGUAGCCAAAAUUUUGUGCAAAAAAUGACACUAAAUGAAUUCCUCCUCCUUGUGGAUACAUUGACAAUACCGCUAAUAAUGCCAAACAGCUUCGCACAAAUGAUUCAGCAGUUCAUAUGCAAAAAUAUGGAAAGGUUCAAAUGUAGUGACUACUUUGUGGUUGGGUAUUUUCUGGCCAGGAACAAUUUAUACAAUGAAUCUGUUUUGAAUUUCAUCUCCGAGUUUUACAAAAAUUUGGGAGGUGCACAGAAGUUACAAAAGGAGGAACGUAAUCACUUUGCUCCUUACGAAGGUGAGUUCUACAAUGGGGAAACCAACAGGGGAGUAACCACAGUGGAUAGCUUCCUACCAAAUGGGAAGUUAACCCAUUUAGGAAAAGACAUUCAUAAGCAUAUUUUCAUUUUAUCAAAAUAUGGAUACAACGAUAUAGGUGUGUGUAGCAAUCUGUUCAGAGUGGCAAUCGCUCGAUGUGGAUCUUUGCGACCGCUGGAAAUAUGCUCCAUUUUGAAGUCGUUGCAAAACAUGAACUACUACAACAGUUACUUAUUUGAAGUGUUGGUGGGCCAUAUUAAGAAGAAUUUAAGUCAGUACAAAACGAGUACCCUUAUGGACUGCUUAAAUAGCUUGUCUUACUUCAACCAUGUGGAUGAUAGGAUGCUCACCAAAAUAUUAGUCACCCUGCCGAGAAGGAUCUCGACGUAUACUGCCAACGAUUUUACCAAGCUGAUAUUUUUUAUAAACAAUUUUAUGCCAUUCUCCAGUUAUUUUAUUCUCUUUGCAAAUAAGCACAUUUUGCUUUUUGCGUCAAGUCUUAGUAUGCUCCAUUUGGUAACCCUUUUGAAAAUUUUCGCUCACCAGAAUUUGAUAAGCCACCCAAUUCUUCACUUGUUAAAUGUGAAGUUGGAGAAAUUCAUUUCGUCUCACCCGUCGGGGAGCUAUUCAGAAAGCACCCUCAUGAGCGAAUGCCGUGCACAGGCCACUAAGCAGGUAACUUUGAGGAACCUGUUUGAAAUUAUUCACAUUACGAACUUCAUGUCAGUGAGGUACCCCCAAUUGACGCAUAAUUGUUUGGAAAGCAUGUUCAUCCUUCAGAGUGGGCACAAAAAUAUGCACCAGGAAGAAGUAAAAUGUAUGGCCUACUGUUGCUGCUACUUCGUGCUGGUUAAUGACCACUAUGGAGACGCUUCGACCAUCCGGCUUCACAAACGUAUAAGCGAUUUUUUUUCCCUUUUGGACUCAUCCUUGGUGAGGGGAACCCCAAAUGGAGAAUCCAAAUGGCACGACGAGAGGGGGGAUACCCUCACUAAGGGGCACACUCACUCGAAAAAGAAUCACAAUUUAUCACACCGUGGGGAGUGGAUCAAUGGGUCGAUGGAAGAAAGGGUCACAACCAUGUAUUGCAAACCAGAUGACAAAAAAGACAACAUGAAUGAGGUGAAAAAUCAAGUGGGGAUAGACAUCUACGUGAUGAUCAUACGAACGUUCCUCACCGAGUUCAUAUAUCACCACUCAAGAGACCAAGUGGAAAAUUUUUACAACUUGUGCGGGGAACACAUGAAGUGCCUUUUUUUCUACAAAAUUGACGCGGUAAGGGAGUACCACCAUAACGACGGUGUAAACGCGCUUAAGAAGUUGCUUCCACUGAUGUAUUAUCCACAUGUAGAUAAAGCGCUUUUGAAACAUGUCCAAAUGAAUAGAUAUUUUCUGUCCACCUAUUUCGUGGGGCCCGCUCGGGAGGAGAAAAGCCAACUUAGCCAAAGUGAACACAUCAGGAGAGAAUUUUCGUAUCACGAAAAAUCGCUCAACGAAAUGUGCCAAGUUUUGAAAGACCUACCUCAGACGGAUUACAAGUUUAAGCUUGUUAAAAAUGCCAACUGCAAUUCUGUUUUUCUUUACACUCACUACAUAUUUGCGAAACGUGCUCAGAGCAAAGGCAAAGUAGCCAUCUUAUUUGGAACGCAGAAUUACUACUACACCACGGUGGGCGAAUUGCACACUGGUCUUAAUCCCCCUUGCGCUACCAACCUGCUUGAAGAGAAGCGCUUGACCAAGGCGGCCAUAGCCCAGCUGCACUACUUCAAGCUCUUUUUUGACAAG